AUGUGUCUUAUCCACUGCACCAUCACCACCCCUGAGAUGUGUAUUUCGUUAUAUGAUAGGGUGACUGGGUCCACUGAGGGAGAGAUGCCUUAUCACUGGUACACUGACCAGCGUUUUGCCCUCUUCAUCAUGUGCCUCAUCAUCAUCCUACCCCUGUCCAUCCCAAAAGAAAUCGGCAUUCAGAAAUACACAAGUGUGUUGGGGACACUGGCCGCUACAUAUCUGUGUGUGGCAGUUAUCGUCAAAUAUUACCUGAUGGAGAGCCACGCUGUUAUCAUAUCUCCAGAGCACAGCCAAGGCAUCAGUUCUUGGGCUUCAAUGUUCAGUGUCGUACCGACCAUCUGCUUUGGAUUCCAGUGCCAUGAAGCCUGUAUAGCGAUCUACAGCAGCAUGGCGAACCAGAAGCUCUCCCACUGGGUGGUCAUCUCUGUGCUCUCCAUGUUUUUCUGUUUACUUGUCUACACUCUGACUGGUGUGUAUGGAUUCCUGACGUUUGGACGAGCAGUUGCCUCAGAUAUUUUGAUGUCAUAUCCAGGAAAUGAUGUAGUCAUGAUCAUUUCCAGACUACUUUUCCUAAUAUCAAUUAUCACCAUCUAUCCUAUUAUUCUUCUUCUGGGGAGAUCUGUCAUCCUGAACCUGAUGCUGCGUAUUCAAAGACGUCGCUGUGGAAUCGUCACUCAUUCGUUUGAGAGUCGCUGCAGAGUCGUUCUCACUGUGAUCUGGAUAUCCAUCACUCUUCUCAUCGCCAUGUUUGUCCCUGACAUGGGUGAGGUCAUUAGUGUCAUUGGAGGAAUCAGCGCCUUCUUCAUCUUUAUUUUUCCUGGUCUUUGCUUAGUGUUCAUAAUGCAAACUGAAUCUGUGACACAAAGAGUCAGGGUGAUUUUAACAGUUUGGGGAGUCAUAACUAUUGUAGUUGGAGCCUUCAUCUUCGGACAGAGCACGACAAUCGCUGUCAUGGAGAUUUCCCAAAAAUUCUGAAUUUCACACCAUCAUCACAACCCUCUGCAUUCUGCUGCUUCACUGUGAGCAUUUUGUGAUGAUCAGCUCUUCUGCACAACUGAAAGUUGCAUUUCUAAAGGUGGUUUUUAGUUGUAUAUAAGAUUUGUAUAAAAGGUCAUCCACGACCUGGAUAUAAAAUAUAAU